ACCUUUCGGAUGUGAAUGACUGCAGGGCACGUGGUAGGCGGCUGGAGCCCGGGGGCAGCCAGGGGCAAGCGGCAGCCGCGCAGACAGAGCGCAGAGGCAGAGAGAGAGAUACAGCGCGCGCGGCCGCGGCGCGAUGCGCUGACGCCAUGCGCCGCCAGACAUGCCACGUCGCGCCGCGCCCGCGGCACUGCUGCUGCUCACACUCGUACUCGUCGGGUGCGCCGGGAACCCGGACGCCAAGCGGCUGUACGACGACCUGCUCAGCAACUACAACAAGCUGGUGCGGCCGGUGCUCAACGUCAGCGACGCGCUCACUGUCCGCAUCAAGCUCAAGUUGAGUCAGCUCAUCGACGUGAAUCUGAAGAAUCAGAUAAUGACGACAAAUCUUUGGGUAGAACAG